GAACUCGCUCUGUCUGUGGUCUCGCGCGAUAGAGCCAGUAGUCAUGGCGGUUCCACCCAGCAGCAAGCUUCUUCAAAAGUGCGUUGUCUCUCCAACCGGGAAACAAUCUGCAUCUGUCAUCUUCUUACAUGGUUCAGGAGACACUGGGCAUGGAGUGAGAGCAUGGAUCAAAGAUGUUUUGGUGCCAGACAUGGUUUUCCCACACAUCAGAGUGGUCUAUCCUACUGCCCCAGCCAGGCCGUACACCCCCAUGCGGGGGGCUCUAUCGAAUGUGUGGUUCGACCGCUACAAGAUAUCACAGGACUGUCCUGAGAACUUGGAGUCUAUAGACAUCAUGGCCGCCUCAAUCGGAAAGGUUAUUGAGGAGGAGAUCAGGGCAGGAGUACCGAAAAACCGGAUAAUCAUAGGGGGCUUCUCUAUGGGUGGUGCAAUGGCCCUCCACCUAGCAUGCCGCUACCAACCUGAUGUAGCAGGAGUCUUUGCACUGUCCAGCUUCCUUAACAAAGACUCUGCAGUGUACCCAGCAGUGGAGAAGAGAGCAGCGGCUGGUAGCCCCCUCCCAGAACUGUUUCAGUGUCACGGAACCAGAGACGAGCUGGUAUCCCAUAUGUGGGGUGAAGGUACUGUGGCCCUGCUGAAGAAGGCUGGGAUGACGGCUUCCUUCCACUCAUUCUCAGGCCUCCAGCACCAGCUUUCCCGGCCAGAGAUGGAGCUACUGCACUCCUGGAUUCUUACUAAGCUGCCCCCAAAUAGCUGAGACACUAGUGCCUCUUGAACAGCCAGCCCCACACCAAUUAUUACUCUUUUAAUACUCACAGUACUGAUCUGAGCCAAGUCAAACUGGACUGUACUGACCUUUGCACAUUGCCCAUAUUGCCUGGAACAAAGCAGGAAAAUAUUUUUGUAAAAUGUACAUAACUGAGCCAUCAGUGUCACUGGUGGUGUGAAAAUUAUAUUGCCAGAUUCAGUGCGCUGUGGUACACUUUCUAACAACCUGUGCUGAACACUGUUACUAAUUAUUUUACUUAAAAAAUUUUAACUUCUGUUGGGCACAAUGUAUUAUUUUUUAUUCAUUGUAAACAGUUUCUUUCCUUAAAUUGUGCUUGCUUACAGUACUCAACAGAUGUGUGGCUCCGUACAAAACAUAACAUAUUGUACAGUACUGUGAAAAAGUACAGUCCCUGGAAAGUUGUCUUUUUUGGACAAAUUUACCAAAUCUCACAAAAAAACAUUGAAACCAUUUAUGCCAAGAAAUCAUCAGAAAUGCAAUUUCAUAGUGCAGAAAAAGUAUAUCUCCAGUUUAAUAACUAAUACUGCUCUCUUCAUGAAAUUAUUUAAUGUAGCUGUUUCUUGUAACUGUUUCUCUUGCAUCUACUUGAAUGAAUAUUUGCCCACUCUUC